AAAAUAUAAGAGGCAAUGUGACUAUGAUACGAGCUGGCAGUGCCUAUCCUUUUGGUAUGUUGUCUGAAUAGUUACUCUGCUUAUAGCCUCCACGCCCACUCUCACACCCCCCUUGCUUUAACUCCUUUCCCAUUUUCUGUCUCUUCUCUCAGCUCUCCAAUCAUUUCACUCACCAAACAACCUAUUUAUGUCAAGUCUUGAGCGUUAUUAGCAUCAAUCUCAGCCUUUUCCCGCUGAGAGUAUAGUUUUGCACGUAUAAAAAAUUGCUGACCAUGUCUCUCCACAUCUCCUCCAUUGUAUCCAGGUACCUGAAUUCUUGCAAGCUACACGAGGUCCUUCCCAAUGCUGCUGUGCUAUCUCAGCUAUAUAAGCAGGCCAGUAUGCAGGAGAACGUUCAAAAGAGGAGCACUCUAGUAGUUCCACUUGAUGAGCUUGAAGAUGAUGACAUGUUGCCUCUUGUCGAUAUAUUGCUUAAGGUCCACCUUUUCAAUGUUGAUGCAGUAGACAUACUUUCCACAUCAAAAUCGGUUGUGAAUCAAGAAUCUGUGGUGUCCUUAAUGCGUGCAGUCAAUUCAACACUCCGAAUUGUUGAUCUUCAGGAUACACUAUUUAGAAAGGAUAUCUUGUGGGAUCUUUUUCAAGGUGGUUUGAAUUGUCAAUUGCUAAAGCUGAGGUCCACUGAGAUUCAAAAGUUGAAUAUGGUUGGAAGCUUCAAGAAGUUACACACCCUUAACCUGGAUUUUUGUUCUUCUCUCACUAGCUUAGAGAAGGAUUGCUUUACUUGCAUGCCAAAACUGAUGCGCCUCUCCAUGUGUGGGACUAGAAUAGCUGAUCUCUGGACAACUCAUGCAGCUUUGUCUAGGCUUCCUUCUUUGACAGAACUGAGGUUUCAAAAUUGCAUUUGUUGCAAAGAUACUGGGCCAUGUCUUGCAUCAUCCAAUGGUGCUGGCAGUCCAGCUUCUGUUGUCAAUUUUUUGAUAAACGAGGACUCACUUAAUGAUUCAGCAGAUAAAGUAUCAUAUCAUUUUGGAGGAAUUCUUUCAUCAGAUCCCUCUUUUGUUGCAAUAAGUGGAAGGGCAGAUUUGCAACUUGAGGUUUCAUUCGGUGAUUUGCAUGUUCAAGGGAGAGAUGAUUGUCCUGAGAAUAUAAACUUGAAACUGAGAGAUACUUCAGUUGUUUCCAAGAUGUAUCUUUAUUGUCAUCCUUCACCAAUCUGCUAUGAGAAGCACUACAGGGAAUACAUGAUUGCAUCAUUGCCUCAUCUACGAGUUCUAGAUAACUUUCAUGUAAGAAAACUAGACAGAGAAAUGGCAAAUACUGUUUUCUCGCAGUACUAUGAGUAUCUUCCAUACAAACGCCGGCAGAAAGAAAAUGUUGCAGGUGUUUUACAUAUGCGUGAAACAGGUAGAGGUAAUGCAUACCACAACAAAUCCUCUCGGAUAAAGGAGGUAGAUUCAUGUAGGAAAAGUCCACAUUUCUAUUCAAGGUCCCUCUGUGCAGCCAAACUUGGUUCAUCUGCUUCUCCUUCCCUGCACACAAUGUCUAAUAAUAGCAAUAAUAUCAAAGAAGGGAGCGAGAGCCUUCGACCAAGACAGUUCGAGUAUCACCCCACUAAUCCUAGUCUAAUGGCUUUUGGAACUUUGGAUGGGGAGGUUGUUGUUGUUAACCAUGAUGCUGGAAAUAUUUUCAGUUACAUUCCACUCUUUGGGGUGACUAAUAGCAUCUUGGGCCUCUGUUGGCUUAACAAGAAUCCAUCUAAGCUCCUUGCCGGUUCUGACAGUGGCUCUUUGAGAUUGUAUGACAUCAGUGACACAUUGCAAAAGGCAGAGAGUAGCUGUAGCAGUUCCGGCCCUGUUGUGUUUGAUAAAUUUGAACAGUUGACUUCACUUCAUGUUAAUUCUACGGAUGAUCAGUUUCUUACAAGUGGUUAUUCGAAGAAAGUUGCUAUAUAUGAUAUUUGUAGUGGCAAGCGCUUGCAUUUGUUCAGUGAUAUGCACAAAGAACCCAUUAAUGUGGCGAAAUUUGCACAUUACUCUCCAAACCUGCUAGUCACUUCAUCAUUUGAUCGUGAUGUCAAAUUGUGGGAUUUAAGACAGACACCAAAUCAACCCUGCUAUACAACCUCGAGCUCAAGGGGAAACGUGAUGGUUUGCUUCUCUCCAGAUGACCUGUAUCUGCUGGUAUCGGCUGUAGACAAUGAGGUGAAACAACUUUUGUCUGUAGAUGGAAGGCUGCAUACAGAUUUCGGUAUAGCUUCAACAGGGAGUGCUCAUAAUUAUACACGGUCAUAUUACAUGAAUGGAAGGGACUAUGUCAUUAGUGGUAGCAGUGAUGAAUCAGUCGUCCGUAUUUGUUGUGCUCAAACAGGGAGGCGAUUGAGGGACUAUUAUUUGGAGGACCAUGCAUUGGAGAGUCCAAUAUUGGUGCAGUCAUUGAGAAGUGAUCCUUUUAGACAUUUUCACUUGGCUGUUCUAGCAUCCUAUGUUCGCUCCAGUUCAAGACGAGACAUCAUUAGCGUCAAUUUACUAGAAUCAGGACAAUAUGGUGAUGAAUAUUCCAAGAGGGGAGAUUUUUCCAGUUGUUAUGAUCAUGGAGGUUGAAUUUUGCAUCUUGAAAAUUUGUGUAUAUACGAGUAAGGAGCCCAUUAUUGUGCUUAUGAAUCUCUGUGCAAGCCUUGCCUAAAACCAAAGAUCAGGUUCUUGAGAAAAUGCUAGAUAUCAUUGAGUUAGGACACUAUAUGUGGCUCGCAAUAUAACCAUCCGACGCUUGUAUGUGGGUUUAGGUAUAUAGAGUGUGGAGGUUCUAAGGCUUUACACUCUAUUUAAAUUGCAUAUACUAUUUUUGUAAAUAAAGUUAAUUUUUUCCGCAAUUUGGCAUCAGAUAGAGAUUAUAGAUUGGUAUCCGCUA